AUGGCGGCGAGAAACGGUUCGCUGAGGCAGAUAUUCGCGGAGAGGAGCAAGGAGAGGCUGCUCUCGCGGAAGGAUUUUUCAGAGAUGAGGCUGAAUGGCACCAAUUGCAGCAGCAGCAACAGCGGCGUUGUGCGCCACGCGCUCUCGGAUCGUGUGGUUAGGUUGUGCAAUGGCGUUCGGGAUUUCUUUGGCGAGCUUCGGGAGAUGGCGCGAUCGGAUCGUAGGAAAGUGGUGUUCGCGGCCAAGGCGGGACUAUCGUUGGCGGUGGUUUCGCUUUUCAUUUACAUAAAGGAGGAACAGUUGAGCAAGUAUUCAAUCUGGGCCAUACUCACUGUCGUUGUCGUCUUCGAAUUCAGCGUAGGUGCGACUUUGAACAAAGGGUUCAAUCGUUCAUUGGGAACGGUAUCCGCUGGAGGGCUUGCACUGUGUAUUGCUGAGUUGGCCGUAUUGUCCGGAAAGUUCGAGGAACUUAUUAUCGUACUCUCUAUAUUUAUUGCAGGAUUUUGUGCAAGCUAUGUGAAGCUACUGCCUGCAAUGAAGACAUAUGAAUAUGGCUUUCGUGUGUUUUUGUUGACAUUUUGUAUUGUAUUGGUAUCUGGGAGAACUACCAGGGAAUUUUUCUCCACAGCCUUUUACAGAUUAAUUCUUAUCGCAAUUGGUGCUGGCAUAUGUUUGUUUGUAAAUAUUUUCAUAUUCCCCAUCUGGUCCGGGGAGGAUCUGCAUAAGUUGGUGGUGAAAAAUUUCAAUGGAGUUGCUGCAUCUUUAGAAGGCUGUGUUAAUGGGUACCUGCAAUGUGUUGCAUAUGAGAGGGUCCCUUCAAAAAUUCUUGUUUAUCAAGCCUCGGAUGAUCCACUUUACCGUGGCUAUAGAGCAGCAGUUCAAUCGUCAAGUCAAGAGGAUACUUUGGUAGAUUUUGCAUUAUGGGAGCCACCACAUGGUCCAUACAAGACAUUCAAUUAUCCUUGGAGAAGCUAUGUUAAAGUCAGCGGAGCUUUGAGGCAUUGUGCUUUCAUGGUAAUGGCAAUGCAUGGAUGCAUACUCUCAGAAAUUCAGGCACCCCCAGAAAAGAGGCUGGUUUUCAGUAAUGAACUUCAGAGGGUUGGCACUGAAGGGGCUAAAGUAUUGCGUCAACUUGGAAGCAAAGUGGAAAAGAUGGAAAAGCUAAGCAAUAUAGACAUACUCUUGAAAGUGCAUGACGCUGCUGAGCAAUUGCAGAUGAAGAUUGACCAACAGUCGUUCCUCUUAGUCAAUUCAGAGAGCUGGCAGGUUGCAAAAAAGCCCAAAGAAGUUGAUGAUCAUGAUAAUUUGAUUGAUCUCAAGGACCAUGAAAGCAAGCACUCACUCAUCUCUUCCGUCAGUGAAACAGGGGCUGAAUCAAGACUUAACAUAAGCUUAGAGCCUUCACUUCCUGAAUUGCACAUUUCACAAAGCAUGAUGUGCAAUAAAAUAUCAUGGCCACGCCUCUCAUUUUUAGGAGAUAGCAUGUUACUUGAGCAAGAUUCCAAAGUAUAUGAAAGCGCAAGCUCUUUGUCUUUGGCAACAUUUGCCUCUCUUUUAAUCGAGUUUGUUGCAAGGCUUCAAAAUCUCGUGGACGAAUUCCAAGAUCUCAGUGAGAAGGCCAAUUUCAAAGACCCGUUUGACCAACCGGUGUUGAAGUAG